AUAGAAUUAUAGUGAUUGAAUUAUAGUCUUGAUACAAGUUUACAUUGAGCACAAGCGAUGUAAGACUGUUCCCCCUCGCCAAGUUCACCUUAGUUUUGGAAAUUGGAUAUAUAUAGAUAGCGAUAUUCAACAUACUGACAUACGAACUUCCGACUGGAAAUAUAAUAUACAGAUAUACUGGACCGAAGACAAGUAUCAGAGUAUUGAAGCCAUACAAUGGAAGAAAGUUUCGUUAUCGAAUCUUCAAAAAAAAGAAUUUUGCAAGAAAAAUUGGACAAAAUAAAUAAAUUAUUUAAUGUAGAAGUCGAAAUUCAGUCCGGACCCAUCGAAUUAGGAGAGAAUGGGAGUCAGUGGGUUCAUGUCAAAAGCCAAGAAAAGAAUAAGAACAACAUCACUGAUGCAAAGUCUCACAUCAUUGCACUUUGCAACCCCGAAUGCACCGAACGAGCUUCAUUUCCUGGUUUUCCGGUGUUUAUAUUCACAGCAUUCAAGGAACGAUGUAAAUACAGAAUAGAGAAAGAUUGUGGAGUUGUAUUGUCAGUAACGGAUGACGCAGCUCUGAAUAUCCAUGGAACCAAUAUUGGAGUUACCCUCGCAAUAUCUAAGAUUCAUCACUUGAGAAAGUUACAGAGAGACCUGGAUCAAAGCAAGGACCGUGAAGCUGCAAUGCAGUUUGAUUUGUACGUAGAAGAAGUAGGAGAUGAUUGUCAGCAAGAAUUACAAACAUUAUCAAACUCACUCAAAAAAGAACUUUUAAACAUUCUUGAUAUUCCGCUAAAUGAAUUGUCGCUCGGUGCAACGGCUCCAAGAAAGAUUUCAUUGUCCGCAUCAAUACCAACGGCUAUAGUUUCAAACAUAGCAUCACCUAAAGAUGAUAACCCUGAGACUAUCGUUAUUGAAGACAGCAUUAUAGUGAUAUCUUCAUCAGAGAGUGGAACAGAUUAUGAUGAUGAUGAUGAUGAUGAUGAUGAAACGCCUUCUACUUCACAUUGUUUAGAGGUUGAUGGACUGAAAAAAACAGAACUGAAAUAUUUGUUACCACCACUUUUUGCAAUUAGAGAAUGGAUCAAGAUUCAUUAUCAAUGUACCGGCGAUGCACAAGAUUUUGUUAACAAAAGCGACAUGCUUGAUCAUUUCAAAACCCAUUUUGAUUUACCGGAUCAUCCUGAACUCGCAAAUUUAUUUUUUGAUAAGUUAGCAGUGACAAUAUUUCCACAGGAUCCUAACUACAGGAGUGUGCGUACCAAGAAGACAAAAUCUAAACGUAGUAGAAGACGUUUGGUUUGUUUGCGAAGAAGAACGAUAAGCGAGUCUGAGAAAGAAGAUUCGAGUGUACCUACAAAUCUUGGCCCUGAUAUCGUUAUCCCAAAACCGAAGCCAAUGAAUGAUGCUCGGGCUUCAAAACUACCUAGAACAAUAUCCCCUCCCACUUCUGCUAGUAGUCUCAUGAAGGACUGGAAUUCAAGUAGAACUGGUUUAAAAGAGAUACCCCCCACUAUAAAUCAGCCUCAACCUUACCAAACCACCGUCCCAAUGCAAACAUGGAUCCCCCCUCCAAUACAACCUGUUCAACCCAUUUUAAGUAUGCCACCAGGAAACCAAAAUCUUCAAAAUUGGCUGAGCACUGGUCCAAUUUCUAAACCGAGAACACAACCGAAAUAUGAUCCGAAACGAGCGAAUAAUGUCUUCUCGUCUAUCGCGACAAAAGUGAGCAAAAUGAGUAACCAUGAACUCAUCAAUAAUCCACGGCCACAAGUCAAUCCAAAUUUAAGACCUAUUGUGAUUGAUGGGAGUAAUGUUGCAAUGAGCCAUGGAAAUUCCAGAAAUUUCUCUUGUCGUGGAAUAGCCCUUUGUGCUAGAUUUUUCAUGGAAAGAGGGCAUGAACAUAUAACAUGCUUUGUACCAAACUACCGGAAAGGUGGAGGGGGCUAUCCACCAUCUUCUGAUGCAUAUUUACUGCUUCAACUAGAAGAAAUAGGAAUUGUAAAAUCAACACCAUCAAGGAGAAUAAGAGGACAGAAUGUUGUGUGUUAUGAUGAUAGGUUCAUCAUUGAGCUUGCUGGUGCAACGAACGGAGUCAUAUUAUCGAAUGACCAGUAUCGUGAUCUUAUGUCACAGGAUCAAAAAUUUCGUCCUAUAGUCGAGCAGCAAUUACUUCAAUAUACUAUUGUUGGCGACUUACUGAUGCUGCCAGAAGAUCCUCUCGGAAGAAAUGGGCCUCCUCUAGAUGAGUUUUUGUCACAUGGCCGUAAUGGGUUGAAUGUGCCAAAACAAAGAGUUGUGAAGGUACCAUCACCUGCACGUCCACGGCAAAACCCUUCCCAACUGCCAGGCUUUGUGCGUCCACCUCAACACCCCAUGCAGAGGCCUCGUGGUCCAAUGCCAAUGGCUAAUGCGCCUGUAACUGGUGUACCAUGGAUGCAUACCCCCCAACAACAAACUCUCUCACCUGAUCAGAAUUUACUCUGCUAUGAAAUGCUGAGGAUUCUACCAGACAGGGGUAAUGAUAUACGUAAAGUAAUAACAGAUAAUCCACAGGUGACAGACAUCCAAAUCUUAAUGGAAUAUCUCUUGAUAAGCGAUCAAGCCGCUUAAAUUAGCAGUGACCUAUAUUUAGGUUUAGAAAUCAUGUACAUCUGAUGGUUUUCUACCGUAUAAAUCAGCAGUGAAAUCAAAUAACGUACUAAAUACAAUAGUGAUCUAUCUGUAUACAUUGACUUCAAAAGGGAUACAUCUUAAUUGGUUCAUAAGUAGCAGAAGUGUAGUCUGUUGUCAUGCUUUGAAUGAGUACAUAAGCAUUAAACGCUUUUGUGAUUUUCAAUAUUCUUAUUCGCCUCUUGUGUUAUUAAUACAAUAGUAGUGAUUGAUUUUAGCAUACUUUUAUUCUCCUGCCACUAUAUAUGUAAUGCAAUCCCUUUUAUCUUGUAAUUAAUUGAUACAUUUUAUU